UGCGAUGCAGUCACUAACUCACAAUCAUUUGCCACGUACACAGUACUUACUCUACCAACUUACUAUUAAUAAAGCAAUUGAUCUUCCUUCUUCAUUUUCUAGAUUCUUCUUCUUCUUCUCUUACAAUCCUCCGUUACUCUCACUCACUGACUGAGUAUUUGUACUCACAUUGAAUAUGGCUGAGGCUGCACAACCUAAUGCUGAGCUAUUGGAAUGGGCGAAAAAAGAUAAGCGCCGCUUCCUGCAUGCUGUUUACCGUGUCGGUGAUCUUGAUCGUACCAUCAAGUUUUACACUGAAGCUUUUGGAAUGAAGCUUUUGAGGAAAAGAGAUGUUCCAGAGGAGAAAUACGCCAAUGCUUUUCUUGGAUUUGGCCCGGAAACAUCCAAUUUUGUCGUGGAAUUAACUUAUAAUUAUGGGGUGACCUCGUACGAUAUUGGAACUGGUUUUGGACAUUUUGCUAUCGCUACUCCAGAUGUCUACAAAUUUGUUGAAAACGCCCGGGCUAAGGGUGGAAAAGUCACUAGGGAGCCUGGUCCAGUUAGUGGCGGGACAAGUGUUAUUGCCUUUGUGGCUGAUCCUGAUGGUUAUCUUUUUGAAAUUCUCCAAAGAGCUUCUACCCCUGAGCCAUUAUGCCAAGUAAUGCUUCGUGUGGGUGACUUAGAGCGCUCAAUUAAGUUUUAUGAAAAGGCUUUGGGUUUGAAGCUGGCGAGGACGAUUGAUAGACCUCAAUACAAGUACACUUUAGCUAUGCUUGGGUACGCAGAGGAGCACGAGACCAUUGUGUUGGAGCUGACAUAUAACUAUGGUGUCACUGAAUACACCAAGGGAAAUGCUUAUGCACAGGUUGCUGUUGGCACCGAUGAUGUAUACAAGAGUGCCGAGUUAGUCAACCUAGCCACUCAAGAAUUUGGAGGGAAGAUUACCAGGCAACCAGGGCCAAUCCCUGGCCUCAACACAAAGAUCACUUCUUUCUUAGAUCCAGAUGGAUGGAAAACUGUGUUGGUUGACAAUCAAGAUUUUCUGAAGGAACUGGAGUGAAGAGUGCUGACUUUUCACAAAUAAAGAGUCUUGAUGCUAUUUUAUGAAAAUAAGUUGUCUGUCUUAAUGAUUGAACAUCAGCGUGUAUGUUAUCACUAUAAUAGUAUUUGGUAUGACUUUAUAAAAUGGCUAUGUUCUCUACUCAAAAAUAAGUUUUAGCAUUUUUU